ACCUAAGCUGAUGAAUGCGCUGCAAUCCAAUCCACAGGUCCCUCUUUAUUUUAAGGUCCUUCUCACUCCCUCUCUCAGUAGAGGACAAUCUUGCUUUGUUUUUGGUGAAGCAAACAGCCGAGUCUCUCCCUCACACACGCACAUACUAGUACACACAACACAGUGAGGAGAGGAGAGGAGAGGAGAGGUGAGACCGUGAGAGUCCCACGAGAACCACUCCCAUUCCCCAUUCCAUGCCAUGUGAUGUGAAGGCGUGUGUCUCCUACCUCCUCCCUUGGACGCAGAGCCCCGUGCUUUCCUUUCCCCCCUGCCUCUCUCUGCCUUAUCAUCACCACACAUGCGAUUCAGUAAACAGAUUCACUGCACUGCACCAUUUGUUUUGCUGCCCCCUGCCUCUCCCUCCCCUUCAGUUCGAGUCUUCUUUCUCCUUCCCUCUUCUUUGAUUGCUUCCACUGUUGCUCAUCCUCUCCUUCUUCUUCUUCUCCUCUCCGUAUGUCCAUGUGUCUCCUGCCCUGAUUGACUCCUUGCCUCCGACUCCCCACUCACUCUUCUUGGUGGCAGAGCUUCUUCUUUCUGUUACGUGUCAGCUUCUUCCGUUCAUCGGUCCGAGCUUUCUAGAUUCAACAUCGCUUCUGCUCGUCUGAGUGGGAGGAGUAUCGAUGCUUUGCUUGGCCUCCCACCAAUGGUGAAUCCGAGUUAGUUUGCCGACUUGCCGUGGAAGAAAGGAAGAGAAACCGCCGGCGAGGGGCAGAAAAAGAUGCGGGGUUUGAGUAGGCUUGGCGUCGGGCUCACGGUGGUGUCCGCGGUCCUCCUCCUCGCGCUCGCCGCGGAGCUCUACUACCUCCUCGUGCACAAGCGCCGCCAGCGACGACGCGCCGCCGCCGUCUCCGACGCGGCCUCCUCGCCCUCCUCCUCCUCCCGCGAGCUGCUCCAGCUCUUCUGCUUCAAGAAGCCGCCCGCACUCGCCUCCACCUACGCGCAGGAGCCGACCGAAGCCGUGGCCGAGGUCGUCGUCGUCGACGACGACGACGAGACGGUGGAGGCGCAGCUGAUGCGGCUCGGCAGCCUCGUCGGCCCGCCGCGGCUGCUCUUCACCAUCAAGGAGGAGACCAAGGAGGACCUCGAGUCCGAGGGCGGCCGGAGCAGGUGCGGGAGGAGCCGGAGCCUCGGCGACCUGCUGCAUUGCUCCGAGACGCCGUACCUCACGCCCGCCUCCUCGCCCCUCCCGCCGGCCAUGGAGAAAUCGUACAACCCCCUGUUCGAGUCGCCGGCGGCGAGCCCAGCCGCGGUGGCGGCGUCGCCGCCGCCCAAGCUCCAGUUCCUCAAGGACGCGGAGGAGAAGCUGUACCGGCGGGCACUGGCCGAGGAGGCGAAGAGGGCGCGGGGGUCGCCGGCGGCCGGCGAGGAGGACUGCGGCGGGUACAUCACCAUCGUGGUGGGGAAGAACACCCGAGUCAUCCCCUUGCCCUCGCCUCCCGGCAGCGCUUGAAAAAAAGGUGGCUUUUGUUAACUCGUCUGAUGCUGAUGCAGAUGCAGAGUCAGUCAGUGUUCCGUUCUAGCGUAGCCUCUGUGCUGUCAUCUUUUUUUGAUCAUUCCAAUUGGAUGAUUGGAUGUACAUAACAUGAACAUGGCGAGGAACUGAGAACUUGGGAUCAAUAUUUUCUUUUACUAUCUGUAUCUGUAGUCUCUAGUCUCUAGUCUGUGACUUGUGACUUUAAGGUGCAAGUUAAUUACAGUACUGUAAUUUUGUUGUUGUAGGAGGCAAAACAUUGCACUCUUAUGUUAUGUAUGAUGAGCAUAAAUGGACCAUCAUCCCAGAUCAGAAUAUCAUUAAUCCUAAUAUUAAUAAACUGUGAGGACACAUGCUCUCUUCCUCUUU